CAAGUCAGGGUUGCCACCACUCUUCGACCCAAGCAUCUCCAUGAUCAAUCGGACCCACCAAACAUUCACUCGGUGCACCCGCAAACUUAUCUUCAAACUUCAGACUCACUACGUCGCUCUCCUUCAUUCAGUCAGCGCGCUCCCGGAUCUCACUAUCUUCCAAUGUCCACUGCCAUUUUAAUAGACAAAUCAGUCUCCCCAACUUCGGCCGCAUCACCCUUAACGCCGACUCCAUUACCGUCUUCAGCAUCCUCAUCUUCAUCCCACUCCUGUUCAUCCGCUGUUGCUCCUCCCUCUAACACCUCGACACAUUGUCUGGCUUCUUCUGCUGAUCUUGUCUCUGCGCCCGGUGAUAAAAUCAGCCGUUCUUCGCUCCAUGUCUCAGAACCAAGGCAUAAUCGCCAUCAGCAAAGAAGCAGCAAACAGGGGGGUCCUCAUAUAGCGUCAACCGGGGUGGUGAGGCGCCGCUCUUUAGGUGCUGUGAGGAGGCGGGAUGUCGGCCAUGAGGCUAGAAGCACUGCAAUCUCUGCAACGACUAGUGAUGCGGAUGGUGCCGGCUGUAUAUCUUUAUCCUGGCAGGAAGGCCAAAAGGCUGCACCGACUGAGGCCAGGCUGGCCUAA